AUGUGCCUAUCCUUUCAAUGUGUCUAUUCUUUCAAUGUGCCUAUUCAAUGUGUCUAUCCUUUCAAUGUGUCUAUCCUUUCAAUGUGGCUAUCCUUUCAAUGUGUCUAUUCUUUCAAUGUGUCUAUCCUUUCAAUGUGUCUAUUCUUUCAAUGUGUCUAUUCUUUUAAUGUGUCUAUCCUUUCAAUGUGCCUAUCCUUUCAAUGUGGCUAUCCUUUCAAUGUGUCUAUUCUUUCAAUGUGUCUAUCCUUUCAAUGUGUCUAUUCUUUCAAUGUGUCUAUCUUUCAAUGUGUCUAUCCUUUCAAUGUGUCUAUUCUUUCAAUGUGUCUAUUCUUUCAAUGUGUCUAUCCUUUCAAUGUGUCUAUCCUUUCCUUUCAAUGUGUCCUUUCAAUGUGUCUAUUCUUUCAAUGUGUCUAUUCUUUCAAUGUGUCUAUCCUUUUCUGCCCUAUCCUUUGUCUAUUCUUUCAAUGUUUCUAUUCUUUCUAUUUGUGUGUGUCUAUCCUUUCAAUGUGGCUAUCCUUUCAAUGUGUCUAUUCUUUCAAUGUGUCUAUCCUUUCAAUGUGUCUAUUCUUUCAAUGUGUCUAUCCUUUCAAUGUGUCUAUCCUUUCAAUGUGUCUAUUCUUUCAAUGUGUCUAUCCUUUCAAUGUGUCUAUCCUUUCAAUGUGCCUAUCCUUUCAAUGUGUCUAUUCUUUCAAUGUGCCUAUCCUUUCAAUGUGUCUAUUCUUUCAAUGUGUCUAUUCUUUCAAUGUGUCUAUCCUUUCAAUGUGCCUAUCCUUUCAAUGUGUCUAUUCUUUUAAUGUGUCUAUCCUUUCAAUGUGUCUAUCCUUUCAAUGUGUCUAUCCUUUCAAUGUGCCUAUCCUUUCAAUGUGUCUAUCCUUUCAAUGUGUCUAUUCUUUCAAUGUGCCUAUCAUUUCAAUGUGUCUAUUCUUUCAAUGUGUCUAUCCUUUCAAUGUGUCUAUCCUUUCAAUGUGUUCCUUUCAAUGUGUCUAUCCCAAUGUGUCUAUCCUUUCAAUGUGUCUAUCCUUUCAAUGUGUCUAUUCUUUUAAUGUGUCUAUCCUUUAUCCUUUCAAUGUGGCUAUUCUUUCAAUGUGUCUAUUCUUUCAAUGUGUCUAUCCUUUCAAUGUGCCUAUUCUUUCAAUGUGUCUAUUCUUUCAAUAUCCUUUCAAUGUGUCUAUUCUUUCAAUGUGUCUAUCCUUUCAAUGUGUCUAUCCUUUCAAUCUAUUCUUUCAAUGUGUCUAUCCUUUCAAUGUGUCUAUAUCCUUUUCUAUCUAUUUCAAUGUGUCUAUUCUUUCAAUGCUAUCCUUUCUAUCCUUCAAUGUGUCUAUCCUUUCAAUGUGUCUAUCCUUCAAUGUGUCUAUUCCUUUCAAUGUGUCUAUUCUUUCAAUGUGUCUUUCAAUCCUUUCAAUGUCUAUUCUUUUAAUGUAUCCUUAUUCUUCAAUGUGUCUAUCCUUUCAAUGUGCCUAUCCUUUCAAUGUGUCUAUUCUUUCAAUGUGUCUAUCCUUUCAAUGUGUAUCCUUUCAAUGUGUCUAUUCUUUCAAUGUGUCUAUCUUUCUAUAUCCUUUCAAUGUGUCUAUUUCCUAUCCUUUCAAUGUGUCUAUCUUUCAAUGUGUCUAUUUUCAAUGUGUCUAUCCUAUUCUUUCAAUGUGUCUAUUCUUUUAA